AUGAUAUACCUCAAGACACUUCUCAACGUGAUAGACAACUCCGGAGCCCAAGUAGUAGAAUGCAUUAAAGUCCUCCGUCACAAUCCUAAAUCAUGUGCCCACAUUGGUGACCAAAUAACAUGUGUUGUUAAACAAGCUAGACCUACAAACGUGGAUGCAUCUUCAUCAGGAUCUUCAUCAGCACAAGCAUCAAAUAGAGUGAAAAGAAGAGAUAUAUGUCGUGCUGUAGUUGUCAGGCAACGAGCACCUUUUAGAAGACCUGAUGGAUCAGUGGUUCGCUUUGAUGAUAAUGCAUGUGUCUUGAUCAAUAAAAAUGGCGAACCUUUGGGAACGAGAAUCAGUUCUGUUGUUGCCAAAGAGUUGAGGGAUUUAAACUACAACAAGAUUGUAUCGUUGGCUCCAAAGACGUUUUAA